AUGAACCACUCAUCAGGACCGUCGUCACCCCGUCUUAUCCUAAACUCACCACCAUUGGAAUCACCAUCAAGUACCCGCGGUGGUGUUGGUACCUCUUAUUUCCAGCCUCCAUCAACAUCCUCCCAUCCAAAACCACUAUAUCCACCUGGCCAGGGUCCGCAGGUCUCCUCAUCCUCCUCACCCAGUAGAAACAAAGUCAAAGGACGUACACGCACACCUGCAGAGGUAUAUGCAAACCAACAUACCCAAUCACAAAAUACCUCUUCGAAGAGACAGUUACCGAAUACCACUCCAGAUCACCAUCAUCAUCCUCUCCCUCCCAAAGAAAAAGAGAAAGAGAAGACGGGGAAACCGAUUUUUGAAUGGAUAUCACGUAAAUUAGGAUCAAGAAGAGCUACAAUCUCAGAAUCACCUUCUUCCCCUAUCAAUCGAUAUAACCCUAACCCUAGUCCCAAUUUCAACGUCAACUCUGUGAAUGGAUCACCUAAAAUGCCUAACAAUGGGCAAGGGAAUGGGAAUGGUGGGACAAGAAAUAGAUUACCUUCGAUGCCUUUGCCCAAGGGCGGUACGAGGGGUAAACCUACUAGAGGAAGAGGAAAUGGUUUCAAUAUGGGUUUGGGUAAUAGAAAUGUCAGUGCGGACCAUUCGCACCAUAAUCCGAUGGGUCGACAAAUAUCAAACGUAUCUUCAUCAAUGGAUAAUCAAUCACUUUCCAUGAUCUCCACUUCGAACAGUCACGUAUCGACUAUAGAGAGGGAAAGAAGGAGAGAAGCGAAUAACCCUUAUCCAUCUAUACCUAUUCCUAAAUUGAUAGCCACAGGUGGAUUGAAAGAUCAUCUUAAACGGAAAAAUCAAAACCCAAACAAAAACAACAAUAUAAAUAUACAUCAAAAUAACGAAGGCGAUGAUUUUGAUGGUGAUCAUGACGGAACCACCAUAUCAAUGUCAAUUUCAUAUUCUUAUCUAUCAAGAUCACCUAGAUCGAGAUCUUAUUCUCUCGAUUCGAUUAGAUCCAACUCAAGAUCGUCAAAUUCGUACUCUAAUAGAAGAAGUUUAGACGAAAAUGCUAGUGCUAGUGAUAACAGGAUAAGGAAAUUCAAACAUAGAGAAAGAGGUUCUACUUCUGGUACAAACGAUAGGGAAAGAGAUGGACCAGGUUCUGGUCCUGGAUUAGGUAUAAUGCCUUUUGGUGGGCUUCGACCAGGAGCAGAUGACGAUGCAAGUCUUAGACCUUUCCCACCUAGUCAUCCGGGUUCGCCUACACCUUCUCAUUCUUUCUUAUCUAGAACUGGAUCGAAUCCUAUCCCAUUGGGAAAUGGCGGAGGUAGAUCAAGGACUAAUACGUUUUACUCCACUUGGUCUGGUGUGGGUGGUGGUGGUGAUGGGAGGGCAAGAUCGUUGACGUCUAGUAGUCUUGAUGGACUUUACGGAUCGACGUAUAGAUAUAGUCUUGAUCAGUAUAAUGAUCAGUAUCAAGAUCAAGAUGAUGACGAUGGGGACGAAGAGGAAGAAGGAAGAGGUAGACAGAGUAGACAAGAUUCAACUUCUACUAAACCUACUACUUGUAUAUCAUUUGAUUCUACUCCACCUAUCGCUCAUAUCGCCCAACCACAACUCCACAUCAACACACAACAUCAAACUCAGGUCAAUACACCCCAUCUAGCUCAGGCUCAAACCCCGAUCGCUACUCAGAAUGGUACCUUCGGUUUAGGCGAUGUUAUCACUACUUCUCCGAUGCCUACUUUGGAACGUGCUCAAGCUAAAUACGAAAACCAAGAUGAUCCUUCUUCUCCCUCGCCUUCACCCAGAACACAUCAUUUGGAAGCAUCUUCGUCCGAAGAAAAUCAUACUCCACCUACACCGACCACGCCCACGUCAAAUAUCAACACGCCCUCCUCGCCUAUGCGUUCGCCUCCGCCUGACGUACAUGUCCAUGUACAAGCACCGAAACAUACUCCACAUCAUCCAUUACAUAACCCUUUACCUGGUGAGAUCCCUGAUGAUAAUGCUUCAAUGUUGACUUUGGCAAGUUCAACUUUUGGCCUGUUACCUAAUCAAAUGACUACAAGUGGGAGUGAAGGUCCGACACCUACUUUACCUCAAGAGUUAACGCCGACCAACGUACCUUCUGAUCCUAAUACACCUCAGAUGGCAUCUACAUCUACUGGUGUCAUUCAAAAACCACCAUCUAUCAAUAGACUUAAAGACAACACCAUCAAUACUGCAAAAAGACCAAGUUCAAUUACGACACCUUCUAUCCAUUGGGCACCAAAUACCAUAGGAGAUGAAAGACCAACAUCAACUCAUGUCGCCGAACCCAACCAUAAUGUCUCAUAUGCUCAAUCUUACACACCUUCCACUCACGCCAGUAUCUUAUCGAUCAAUAGGAACUGGACGAGAGAUAAGGUAGAUAGAGAUGCGAGUGUGAGAGCGGUAAGACGCAAAGGGUCUUGGGAGAGUUAUGAAUCAGGUUGGUCAUGGAGAGGGUUCGACCAGUGGAACAACACCACGGGUGGUAACAGGGCUAGUCCCAUUGGAGAUAGGGAUAGACCGGCGAGUAGUUAUAGGAGUAAAGAGAAUUAUAGUUUUAGGAAUAGUAGGGUUUUGAAUGAUGAGUUUGCGUAUGAUCAGUAUGAAGUAGGGGAUGAAGGGGAGAGAGUGGUUGGGCUUGAGCCCGGGAAUGGAGCGAGUGUGGUAGUUGUGGCUAAUUAG